CAAGGAUCGGAUUCCUUCCAGAAAGAGGGAAAAAAAAAAAAAAAAGUUCAAGAGAGGGAGAUUCGCCUCUCUCCCCCUCGUAGAGCCAUAUUUUCGCUCUCUUGUUUCAACUCAAAUUUCUAGUUGAACUGUUUGUCACUCAGUUCGUUCGAAUCUUCGUCAAACCAAAUGCCAAAGAGUAUCCAUUUCUCGGACCUCCUCUCGUGGCCGUUUUCUAUGCUUGCUGUUUGAUUGUUUUGUAUGAUUUUGGUUAUGAAUUAGGACUUAAAUCUUUCAUCUGCUUAGUUCCAAUCGAUGGGUGGGAGAGGAACUCAAGUUUUAGGCUAUAAGAGAGAUGGAUUUUUCUCCGUCUUCGAUUUGGGCUCGCAAUGGUGUAUCCAGGAGGGGCACUUCCACCCCGGGGGCUUAUUCGCCAGCGUCGGCCAGAUGGGAGUCGGAUUCGGCAUCUCGACGAAUUCUUCUAGUUCCAUUGACCAUGAUGACACUAAGCCUCCUUACACGAAUUUGUAUAUGAAAUAUGUGUCGUCUACUGAGGGUAUUAAUGUUGAGGAAUCUCUUGUGAAGAAGAAGAAGAAGAAGAAGAAGAAGAAGAAGAAGAAGGGUGGUCUUGAAUUGAGAAUUAAGGUCGAAAAUCCUUCACUUCGGAGGUUGGUAAGUGGUGCAGUUGCUGGGACGGUGUCGAACACUUGUGUGGCGCCAUUGGAGACCAUAAGGACUCAUUUGAUGGUGGGUAGCAGUGGUCAUUCUGUCAUGGAGGUGUUCAAUGAUAUUAUGAAGAAUGACGGGUGGAAGGGAUUGUUUAGGGGAAAUUUGGUUAAUGUAAUUCGGGUCGCACCCAGCAAGGCGAUUGAGCUUUUUGCUUUUGAUACUGUCAACAAGAACUUAUCACCCAGACCAGGUGAAGAACCAAAAAUUCCAAUCCCUGCUUCAUUAGUUGCUGGAGCCUGUGCCGGAGUUAGUGCAACCCUCUGUACAUACCCUCUCGAGUUGCUGAAAACCCGAUUAACCAUUCAGAGAGGCGUUUAUGAUGGUCUACUUGAUGCUUUCAUUAAGAUACUUCAAGAGAAGGGACCUGCAGAAUUCUACAGAGGCCUCGCUCCCAGUUUGAUCGGAGUGAUUCCAUAUUCUGCCACCAAUUACUUUGCUUACGAUACAUUACGAAAAGCCUACAAGAAGAUAUUCAAGCAGGAAAAAAUUGGCAAUAUCCAAACCCUUUUAAUAGGAUCAGCUGCUGGUGCCAUCUCAAGCAGUGCGACGUUCCCGCUGGAGGUAGCUCGGAAGCAGAUGCAAGUCGGGGCUCUCAGUGGACGACAAGUCUACAAGAAUGUAAUCCAUGCGCUUGCAAGUAUACUUGAACGGGAAGGCGUUCGGGGCUUAUAUAGAGGGCUUGGCCCCAGCUGCAUUAAGCUGGUGCCUAACGCAGGAAUUUCCUUUAUGUGCUACGAAGCUUGCAAGAGGAUUCUCGUAGACAAAGAUGAUGAAAAUUAGAAGAGUGUACCAGUUCCAUCCGCCUUGAAUUCUAAAGUUCAGAUGCUGGGACUGAUUCUUCCAAGGAAGAAGGUGAAGAACUUGUGAUGUCUCCCAUCAACCGUUAUCAUCCAUCUUUAUGAAGACCAAUCUAAGGAUUUCUAUUCUAUUUGCAGGCAGUAAAAAUAGUGCUUAAGACCAACCUCCAGCUGCAGGUAAGAACAUGAAUCUGACUUUAUAGGAAACUGAGAAGGAAUCUGCUUCUGUUACCAAGGUUAUAAAUCUAUGUUUAUGUCAUGGUUAUCUCAGCUUUAAUUUAUUUUUUUAUUUUUUUAAUCGAAGUGAAGAACAAGAGAUUUUUUUUUCUUUGAUACAUAAUUUUUCACCUUUAUGAAACAUGGAGAUCUUCAGAUAGAGGUGAAAUGAUCAGUAGUAGAGCAUAGAAUACAUUUCUGGUGCUGAAAACUGUGAUGUGAAUCCACUGAACAUGAGAAAUUAAAUUAUAAUUUCACUGUCAUAACAACUUUGAAACAACAAAAAAUCCUCGUCUGUCUGUCUGUCUGUUCAUACAGAUUCCUGAUAUAAAUAAUUCCUUUUAUCUAUUUUCACUAAACAAAUGAGACUUCACAAUACUGCACAAUAAUAUUAUAACAUCCCAAUACAACUUCAAGACACCAACAAAUUCUGGUGCAAAGACCUGUAAAAGACUCUUAAAAGGUCAUCAUUUCUCAUUUUCUUCAUCUUGGUUCCUCCCUCCCGAGGGCUCUUUUCCAAUGCCAUGAUUUUUUUCGUCAUAUUCACAGGAAAAUCAGCAUACUGCGAGACAAAACUACGUCGAAA